UGCAACGAUUAUAUUUCCAGCGCGAAAACUGAACAGUGACGGUUUUCGACAACCAGGCCUUCCCCCUCCCUUCCUUGAAUACGAGUGUAGACGUUUUCACAGCAUGCCACUUCAGUUCAGAGAAUGUCAUCACACAACAUCGAGAUGAGCACUUCGCAACAUAGCUCGACUCGAUCGCGCGACCUGGAGAGGUUUCCAGUAGACCAGUUUUUUAAGGACGUGCAUCCCGAUAAAUGGUCUCCGCUUGCCUUCGCACAACACGUCUCGACAAACCAUAUGAAGGAAUAUUUGUUUGGAUUGCGCUAUAUCAAUAAACACGGGACGAGCCCAAUCAAUGCACUGGCAGGCGUUUUGAAUGCAAGGACGAAGGGCGAGGCAGGAGAAGCAUCAAUGGCAGCGGCGGAGGCCGCUCUUCAACUGAAGCUCGCACAGCAAAUGGCUGCCGCAAAGUCGGUGACCUUCCAAAAAAAGGUCGAGUCGGCAUCCAUCGAAUCCCUUAUUAAUGGCAUCCAAGCAUCGUCUUCAUCUUCAGACUCGAGAAAAAGACCACUGGAGGAGACAGGGCCCCAGGCACUGGAGAAGAAACAGGUACUCGGUCACGCCAAUGAAAGUGCAGUGCUGCCGCUCGCGGAGGCGCCAUUCAAUGGAGAGGGAGAUCGGAAGCAGGAGUUGGACCCUAAUGUUGAUGUGGUCAAUGUCGCAGAAGCUGGAGUGGCAUUCAGAGUCGAGUCAUUCACGUUUUCCGGCCGCCUGGGAGACCUGGAUCUUGGUAUCCCAUUCAAUCAAUACUUUGGCAAGUGCGCCAAACUAAAGUACAAGAAGGAUCUGUUCCCAGAUUUCCUCGCCAUCAACGGUAUCUUGUUUUUGUCUGAUAUUCCAACGCCGCUUCAGAAGGCAUGCUUUGGGACAGCUUACGAAGAAAUUCGGAGGGCGAUGAUGGCCCUGGUACCUGAGCCUUCGGAGGAAUCCAUUGACAGGACUUUGGAGGAGUUCCGCCAGGGCAAGGAUGCGUACAGCAAGGCGAUGAGGAAGAAAAUGUGCGCUCGUUCUGCUCGAAAAGCACUGCAAGAUAUCGCCAUCACGGCCGAUGAUACGCCGCUCCGGGAGCUUUUCCUCCACGUCUGCAGGAACUUGGGAAGCAAGGAAGCAAGCCCUGUCUCAGAGGCGGAUCAGACGUCUUCCUAUAUCCUGCCAAUGUUGGCUUGCAUCAUGACCAAGCCAGACGAGUGCAGACUCGCGCACACGGCAAACACCCCAACAUCAGGCAGCCUUUUUGUACGACUUUGUAAGGACCUAGACGCCCCGCCGAAGCACCCAGACCUCAUUUGCAAGCACGAGAACAAGAUUGACAUAUCAUUUGGUGAAGUCUCCUUGACCCGGGACCCGAUGAAGGAUACAGGAGACCUUUGUCGUCUCGCUAUCUGGGCUAAGCGGCUGCAGGACCAACUCAUUGGGUCGUACGAAGGAGCCGAGGAGAUGAUCGUUCCUAUUUUCCAAGUCGUGCAGAAGACGUGCGCUAUAUAUUUCACGCGACGCGUAGGAGAGAUCUGUGUGGCUGUUCAGGUUGGACGGUUUGACAUUUUGCAGGACAUUCCGAAUUUCCUGCAAUUUGAGCGGCAUUUGGAGAGCUGGCUGCUACUGGAUACUGUCUUUACGGAGCUUUUAAAGAAAGUCGACCAGGUUCUUCAGAACAAAAGGCUGACCUCACCUCCCAAGGUCUACGGCGGUUUGUGCACCCCGUCAGCUAGGAAACUGCCAUGAAUAUUCUCGGUCAAUUCGGUUUUAGAGAACUGGGCAAGAAUCCCGAUUGUAUAUAAACUAUUCGCAUAUUGAGCAUCCCAGUUUUUUAUCUAACAAUAAACUGUGAAAACAAAAAAGACG